AUGAGAAAUCAACUCAACAAGUUCAUCAAACCAUUCAAACCAUUCAAACCAUUCUCAUCACUACUACCUCAUCAACAAAUCAAUCAUACCAACCCAUUCCAUUCACAUUCAAUGUCUUCAAACUCAACAUCGGCCCACCAAAGAACCAAGAUGCUCAAGGCUCAUCUCCAUCAACCCAUCCAACGUACCCUUUCCAGUGGGCCAGAUCAGAGCCUUUCAAGUAAAGAGCCUUUGGUCCUUACUCACUCAGAUGCCAAUAUGCGGAUCAUGACUCUCAAUCGACCUUCGGUUUUGAAUGCAUUGAAUGCAGAAAUGAUCGAAACCAUCACUUCUCGUCUGAUCGAAUGGGAAAACAGUAAAGAAGCUAAUUUGAUCAUACUCAAGUCUAAUGGUCGAGCGUUUUGUGCAGGAGGAGAUGUAGUUUCUAUGACAGAAGCUGUAGCAUCAGGUGAUCCCAAAAAAGAACGGAUGGCAGCAUCAUUUUUUCAACAAGAAUAUGCACUAAAUAAUUUACUGGCCAAGAUGUCCACUCCAGUGGUUUGUUUGAUGGAUGGAAUCACUAUGGGCGGAGGACUUGGAUUAUGUAUGCAUGUACCGUUUCGGAUCGCAACUGAAAACACAAGAGUGGCCAUGCCCGAGACCACUAUAGGUCUCUUUCCAGACGUAGGAGCUACCUUCUUUUUGCCUAGGUUGGAUGGUGAAUUGGGUACCUAUUUAGGUUUGACGAGUACGAAUUUGUUUGGUUGGGGAGCUUAUCAAGCAGGUUUUGCAUCUCAUUAUGUUCCUUCAUCUUCACUUGGAGCACUACAAGAUCGUCUAUUAGCCAUGUCAGCGGAUUCGAUCGAUGGACCUUCAUCUAGUAAACCUUACGAAUGUGUGGGUUCACAACGACAAGCUAUUGAUCAUUGUUUUAAACAAGACACAGUUGAAGGGAUCAUCAUCCAACUUGAAGCUGUUGAGAAUGGAAGAUUGUUCUCAGGUGAAGGGUUAGAAGGAUGGGCCAAACGAACUAAAGAGACAAUCUUACAACGUAGUCCGACUAGUUGUAAACUUACUCUUAUGGCACUUCGAGAAGGAAAGAAACUUGAUAUUGAUGAAUGUUUUGCAAUGGAAUUACGAUUAGCAGUGACGUGUUGUGAUAUCAAAUCACAUUCCGAUUUCGUCACAGGUGUGAAUCAUUUAUUAGUGAAAAAAGAAAAAACACGUGCAGCAUGGAAUCCAAACACACUAGAAGAAGUAGAUCUAACCUCAUUAAAACGAAAAUUCUUUUCCAGCCAAGCACCAUCCAGUACACAUUUACUUUCACCUAUCUAUCAUUCCACAUCCCUUAAAGCUUAUAAAUCGUAUCCUUUUUCGAAUUAUGCUUUACCAAGUGAAUCAUUGAUUAAAGAGUAUGUAGUAGGGAAUACAAAGGAAAGUGGAAGUUUUGCUUUGACUCAAAAGGAAUUAGUGAAUGUCUUACAAAAGAAAUGGAUUAAUAAGUUGGGCGUUAAGGAAAAGGUUUUGGAAGUUUUGAAGCGUAGGACGGUUGAAGGGAGUGAAAAAGAAGGAAAGGUUUUGAAAUGGGAGUAUUAG